AUGCGCCUCGUCCCAUUCCUCGUGGCUGCGGCGAUUUGCCUAGCGAUAGCAGUCUGCCAGCGCGGAGCCUCGGUGCCGCGCGUGGCGAGGAUUCACUUGACCUCAUCGCUGCCGGCUCCAGCAGCCGGUCAACUUGUUCGCGACACACCGCCCCCUGCUCCUUCUGCCGCCGCCGCAGAGCGGCUUCGCGUCCUGCGUGGCGCGGCUCGCGUCUAUACGGACGUCUUUCGCAGCCCGGACAGCUCGCCGCCGGAGCACUUUGAGGGCCGCAAUCCGUGCUGGGGAGACGGGAAAGCGCAGCAUUGCCUCCCUGCCUUCUACCUGCUGGGAGUGUACCAGGCCGGCGUUCUCGACCUGUACUCGCGUCUCGAGGCCCACCCCAGCGUUGCCAAGCUGGCCCGCUCCUCGCGAGUGGCGCACUCCUUCUACUCGCAGGUGCACCCAACGUGGUCCGAGUACCUGCGAGCGCUCGCUCCCGCGGUCGGCGAGGCGUCGGCAGGCCGGCUGAUUGGCGAGGCGUCGCCAGUCACCUUCCACUUUGUGUGGGUCCAUCAAGAAAAGUUCAACACGGCGUACGUCGAGGCGAUGGGCGGCUUCUGGCGCGAGUGCAACGGCAGGAGCGCCGCGGCCAAGCUCGCGCUGCCACACCGCGAGUGCAUGAGGCGGAGGAUGCCCGAGGCGCGCGCGGCCGAGGCGGCGGUCGCGAGGCGCGCGGGCCUCCGCUUGCAGCCGCCGACCCUGAUGCGGGCGGUGUACGGCUCCUUCGAGCCACGGCUCGUCCUCCUCCUGCGGCGGCCAGCCGAGCGGAUGCACGCCGCCUUUUACAACUACGUCCACUACCGCAGGAGGUACGCAGAGCUCGGCUCUGACUCGGCAGGCGAGCUGGCGUGGGCCAACGAGUCGGUCUCCGCCUUUGAGCGCUGCACGGCCCGCUUCGGUGCCGAGGACUGCGCGCUGUGCUUCGAGUCGCUCACGCGCGAGAACGAGGAGACCUUUUACCACGCGGACCAGCUGAUCAAAGGGCUGUACGCCCUGUUCCUGCCGCACUGGCGGAGGGAGUUCGCACACCUGCUGCCGCUCCGCUCCGAGGAGUACUUUGCCUCGCCGCGAGCCGUCCUCGGGCGG